AUGACAAGCUUGGCGAGGUUCGGUGGCUGCCCUCUCCUCGUCAGUCCCGGGGAGAGGAGCAGUGAGCCCAGCGUGGUGCUGCCACCUUUGGCAGGGGAGCACACGGGACUCCCCACUGUCACGUCCUUAAAACUCUGCCCCUCUCACUCUUUGCGAGACUACCCCGAGGCGAGGUCCAGUGCAUACGUUGACCACUUUGCAGACCCCGGCGACUUAGAGCCCAGCAGCCGCAGCUUUCUCUUUGGAGGCGGCAUGCCACCCGGCACCGACCAGCUUGCACCGUCACGAGGAAACCAACAUGGCGGGAUUGCACGGUACCGUGACUUUGCCGGCUGCAGGGACAACAGUGCCGCUACGUUUUUCAGCAGCUACCAUCACGAGCAGGCCUCCAGCAGCGACACCGGCCUCCUCGCACGGACCCACCCGUACGGGGGCACCGUGAGUCCCAAGGGAGGCGGGCAGCAGCUCGUCACGCAGUUCCUGGGUCUCUACAAGCCCCACUUCAAGUGCGCCAAAGCCGCAGUCAAGACCGGGCUGGCGUGCAAGUGGACCGGCCCGGAGGUGCCUUGCUCCAGAGCCUUUGGGACCAUGCACGAGCUAGUCAGCCAUGUGACCGUGGAGCACGUCUGUGCAGGCGAGCAGGCCGAGUACGUGUGCCAGUGGGAGGGGUGUGCCCGGGACAGGAAGCCCUUCAAAGCCAAGUACAAGCUGGUCAACCACGUCAGGGUCCAUACUGGGGAGAAACCCUUUCCCUGCCCCUUCCGCGGAUGCCCCAAACUCUUUGCCAGGUCAGAAAACCUGAAAAUCCACAAGAGGACUCACACAGGAGAAAAACCUUUCAAAUGCGAGUUCGAGGGCUGCAACCGGAGGUUCGCCAACAGCAGCGACAGGAAGAAGCACUCCCACGUGCACUCCAGCGCUAAGCCGUACGUGUGCAAAGUGGGGGGCUGCGACAAGUCCUACACGCACCCCAGCUCCCUGCGCAAGCACAUGAAGCUGCACUGCAGCAAGGAGGCCAGAAGCCCGACAGCGCAUCCCGAGGAACCCGACUCGGAGUCCCCCGUCAGCCCACCCCGGGACGUGGACGACUCGUCGACCCGGAGGUCACGUCUCCCCGCCGGGUUUGACGACAGGUCCCAGCCCCUCCUGGACACGCGGUUGCUCCACAGAGGCCCAUACACGAGCAGCACCAGCAGGGCCCAGUACCCCCAGUACCCCUGCAGCCAGGCGGGCCACUCGUUCCCUCACGAGAGCACGUGCAGGACUUUCCCCACAGCUCCGCACUUCCAGAAAGGCUUGGUUAACGGCUGGUACACCUGUCACCAUGGCAACAACUCCUAACCAAGUCUCAUUGGGCACAUCAUUAGGUACACCUGCACAGUCAUUUGCUGAAUACCAUUUUGGUGCACCAGCUCAUGCACAAGCACGUGCGUGGUAUGCUAAAUGCUAAAUGAGCAGUCAUCAACUGGAUGCCAUUAGCCAAGCCUGUUUCCCCCACAGCUUGUAUUUAGAAUCAUAAAUACUAAUCAUAAUCACAAUAAUCAUAAUAGCUACAAUAAUAAUAAUAAUAAUAAUAAUAAUAAUAAUAAUAAUAAUAAUAAUAAUAAUCAUCAUCAUCAUCAUCAUCAUCAUAAUAGUCACAAUAAUAAUCAUAAUAAUAAUAAGACCUCCCCUCCCUGUUUGUUGACACGCCCACUCCCAUGCACUUUUUUUUAUUUGGGAGUGUUUUGUGUUUCUAAUGGCUUUUAUGUAUCUCAAUGUAAAUGCCUGAACUUGUUGCUUCAAUCUGUAUACUGUAUAUCUAUAUGUUGUAAUGCACAGUAUACGUCUUGCUACUAUGUACUGUAUAUCUAUAUGUUGUAAUGCACAGUAUACGUCUUGCUACUAUGUACUGUAUAUCUAUAUGUUGUAAUGCACAGUAUACGUCUUGCUACUAUGUACAGUAUAUAUGUUGUAAUGCACAGUAUACGUCUUGCUACUAUGUACUGUAUAUCUAUAUGUUGUAAUGCACAGUAUACGGCUUGCUACUGUAUAUAUCUGUUAUCUAUGUGUUUUGUAUCUAUUCAGCACUCGUGGAUUUGUGCACGGUGAAAAUGAAAGAUGUUUAAUUAGCCUUCACUUCCACUCUA